GAAGUGAUAGCGUUCCGAGGAGACAGGAUCGGCUGCGAGCAGAAAGUUAGCAGAAAGAAGUCGGGGCUCGGAUCAGAGCCAGAGGAGUAUCGUAUCAAGUGGUGUUCUGGUGUCGGUGUGUGCGUCCGAGACUGUCUUCUUCCGUACGCAACGUCGGACCAACCGCGGCGUCCGCGAAUUUUCGCCUGGCAGUUGGCAUCCCGCGCAUCGGCGACGACCUCCGCUCCCGCAGGGGCCAGCUCGGCGUCGUCCAAGUCGCAGAAUUUCGCGAAAUGAGUGGCGACUCGGCGUCGGCGGUGGCCCUCGACGGCUAGGCGUGGCCCCAGCGCAGCAUGGCCGAGUCUCUGCUGCACGGCAAACGCUUCUACUGCCGAGAAUGGGCCUUCAUGAAGCUGUCGCACUGCCUGGAGCAGCGGCACGCGUCCAAGGCGGGCGGCGCCCUCAUCCUCGGCGGCGCCGGCUGCGGCAAGACGGCGCUCUGCUGCGAGCUCGUCUGGCCCUCGGUCGGCACCGGACAGGGCGGCUACCGCCAGAGGUCGCUCCACCGCAGGCUCCUCGCCUACCACUUUUGUCAGGCGCACGAUGUGUCAUCGUUGUCGCCGGCGGACUUCGUGCGGCACCUGGUGCAGCAGUUGCGGGUGUCCGAGCUGCUGUCGCCGCACUUUGAAGAGAAGCUGCGCGACCCGGAGAUCGUGAACGCGCUGCGGCCGGAGGUGUGCGAGCGCGACCCUGACGAGGCGUUUAAGAAGGCGGUGCUGUUCCCGCUGCUGGAGCUGGACCCUCCCAAGCAGUGCUGCUUCAUCCUGGUCGACUCGAUCGACGAGACCAACGUGUCCGGGCCCGGCGAGAAGCUGGAGCGCGGCGGCUCGUGCGGCAGCGCCGGCUCCUUCUCCAUGGUGGCCGGACGCAGCAAGACGGUCGGCGAGCUGCUCGCCAACCACCACCAGCUGCUGCCCCAGUGGGUCCUGCUCAUGUGCACCGCCAGGAGGUACAAUAGGGGCAUGGCGCGGAUGUUCGCCGGCUUCCGGAAGCUGUCACUGGACGAGGUGCGCAAGGCGAACGUGGUCAAAGACGUGCAGCAGUACAUUCUGGCGCGGCUCGACUCGGAGCCGGCGCUCAGGGCGCACAUGGGCCGCGACGACACCGCCGAGCUGCUCAACCAGCUGCACAUCAAGAGCCACGGCUGCCUGCUGUACGCCGAGCGCAUCCUCGACGCCGUCGCCGCCAACUCGAUCGUGCUGCGCGAGAUCAGGGAGAUCCCCGGCACCCUCAACGGCCUCUACCUCUGGCUGUGCCAGAGGAUCUUCACCAGGAAGCAGUUCAGCCGCGUGCAACCCCUCAUCAACGCCAUCCUCGCGGCCAGGUCGCCCCUCAACGAGCCUGACCUCCUCGGCUGUGUCAAGGCUUACCAGGAGUCAAUCUCCAGAGAGGAAUUUAGCAAAAGACUGAACGUUCUGAAGCGAGUGCUGGUGGAACGGAACGGCCGGUAUUUGUUGUUCCACCACAGCUUCGCCGAGUGGCUGGUGGACGUGAAGCACUGCACGCAGAAGUACCUGUGCAAGACGGUCGAGGGGCACGCGCUCAUCGCCAAAAGCCUGUCGAGCCGCGGCUCGGACCUCGCGGCCGACGAGGUGCAGACCCUGGCGUCGCACCUGGUGCGCCUCGAGGGCAUCCAGGACUCGAACCGGCCCGAGCACACCACCGUCGACCGGCACACGCUCGCCUUGUGGCUCGUCAUGACCGACGUACCUGUCGACGACUGCCUCAGGACCACCGACGCCUCGCCCAAGGACCAGCGGGCCCUCAGGCUGCUCCUCGAGGCCGGCGCCAAGCCCCGACUCAGUGAAAUGGACGACAUUGUUCAGAUUGCCUCUGAUGAGUGCAGUCCCGAGGGGAGUGAUUUGGACCCGCUGGCAGACCUGCUCAGGGCUACUGCGUCGGGACUGGGACAAGACUGUGAAGGUGGCGGAGAAAGCCUGACUCUGAGCGGGUCCAACUCCGGAGGUUCCUUAUUGCACGCCCUCUGCGCCGAGGGCAACUCAAGACUUGUGGCUCUCCUGCUAGCCAGGGGAGGCGUCGACCUCGAAGCAUCAGACAGGACUGGCCAGACUGCGUUGAAUUUGGCAGCCAGACACGGGCACGCGGAAAUAGUCACUUUGCUCCUCGAGGCGGGAGCUGAACCUGACCGUGCUGACGUCGAUGGCUGGACCCCCCUCAGAUCUGCGGCUUGGGGUGGUCACGUUGCCACGGUGGAAGUGCUUUUAAAGAGAGGAGCCGACGUCGAACGGGCUGACGCGGAGGGCAGAACGGCCCUGAGAGCAGCUGCGUGGGGCGGGCACGAGGAAAUCGUGCUGCAGCUCUUGCGAGCCGGCGCCAAAGUCGAUGGCUGUGAUGCUGAAGGGAGGACGCCCUUGAUUGCCGCCGCUUACAUGAGCCACGCGGAGAUCGUCGAGCACCUGCUCGAGUUCGGGGCUGACCCUGACCACGAGGACUCGGACGGACGCACCGCUCUCUCGGUCGCAGCUCUCUGCGUGCCGGCCAGCGAAGGAUACACCAAAGUUGCCAAUAUUUUGCUAGAGAAAGCAGCUUCGGUGGACCACGAAGACCGCGACGGCAUGACCCCGUUGCUUGUAGCUGCUUUUGAAGGACACAAGGAAGUGUGCGAGCUGCUUUUGGAGUACGAAGCCGACCCAGAGCACGCGGACAAAGGCGGCCGGACGCCGCUGUGGGCUGCGGCCUCAAUGGGCCACUGCGGGGUGGUCGCCCUGCUGCUCUUCUGGGGCUGCAGCGUCGACAGCAUUGACAACGAGGGCAGGACUGUUUUAAGUGUUGCCUCUGCUCAGGGAAGUGCAAAGGUUGUCCGGCUGCUCCUUGACAGGGGCCUCGACGAAAUGCACAGAGACAAUGCUGGAUGGACGCCGCUGCACUAUGCAGCUUUUGAAGGACACAUCACGGUUUGUGAGGUGCUGCUCGACGUUGGUUCAAAGCCUGAUGAAAUCGACAACGACGGCAAGAAUCCAGUCAUGCUCGCUUCUCAAGAAGGACACGUGAGCGUGGUGUCGCUGCUCGUGCAGCGGGGCGCCAACCCAAACCACAGGGCGCACGACGGGAAGACAGCAUUGCGGCUGGCGGCGGUCGAGGGCCACCGCGAGGUGGUGCGCACCCUGAUCAAGGCCGGCGCCGACCCCAACACCAAGGACGCCGACGGCCGCUCAACACUGUACGUGCUGGCGCUGGAGAACCGCGUCUCGAUGGCCCGCUGCCUGAUCGCCGAGUCGGCGUCGUUCGGCCCGCCGGCGCCGCCGCCCCGCGGAGGCCUGGCCACGCCCACCUCGCUGCCGCCGCUGCUCGACCUCGAGGGCGCCGACAGCGAGGGCCGCACGCCGCUCCACGUCUCCGCCUGGCAGGGACACACCGACAUGGCCGCCCUUCUGCUCGACGCCGGCGCCGACGUCAACGCCACCGACAAGGAGAAGCGAACGGCGUUGCAGUCCGCCAGUUGGCAGGGUCACUCUGCGAUCGUGCGAUUGCUGCUGAGUCGAAACGCCAAGGUGGACCACACGUGCAGCCAGGGAGCGACCGCGCUGUGCAUCGCAGCCCAGGAAGGACACGUUGCGUGCGUCAAGGCGCUGCUGCAAGGCGGCGCAGACCCGCACCACUCAGACAGAUGCGGCCGCACGGCUCUCAGGGUCGCAGCCAAGUCUGGCCACGAGGAGAUCGUGCGACUGCUCGAGGAGGCCGCCGCCGCCACCGGUGCCAUGCACCACCGAUCCAAACACAGUGCGAGCAGCAUCGCGUCGACGGUGGAGACGAAGGUGUCGUCGGCCGUGCUGAUGCCUCCGUCGUACCGGUCGCACUCGCCAGUCGGCGGUCAGGACGUCAGCCCGGACAGCACCUCGGACCUGAAGCGCCGCUCGUACAUCUCGGUGGGCAACCAGUCGUCGAGCAAGAGCAGCUCCAACUUCACCGGCUCCUCCACCAAGUCUGCUCAGGGCGUAACCCUGGUGCAGCAGCCCAGGAUGGACCUCUCCUUCACCCAGCAGCUGCAACGUGCCUCCAAACACCGGCCCCUCAGUCAGGUGCUGCUGCUGUCGCCGCUGAGCGAGCCGCAGAGUCCGAUCUACGCGUCGCCGCCGCAAUCGCCGCUGAGCGACUCGAGCGUGCGCAACAGCAACAGCUCGCCGCCCAAGGGCGAGCGGCCGACGCUGGCCAACUCGACGGCCAUCAACUCGCCGUUCCCGGACACGAUGCCGGUGUCGCUGGCGCCGCUGUCGUUCACGCAGGACUCGCACAUGCGCAUCAUCCUGGGCAGCCGGCCGACGCCGCUCGACAACUCUGCCAAGUCGAAGCGCAACGGCAUCGCCACCAACCCCAACCUCAAGACCAGCGCCAACAGCGUGGCCGGCGGCAUCAAGGUCGGCCUGAAGAACGGCUUCGAGGCGGCCAGGAAGCAGGUCACGGCCAAGUGCCAGGCCACCAGGAGCAACGGCUUUCCCUGGAAGAAGGAGACGCCGCUCUAACCUCCUCCCCCUCUCACUCUCUCGUCGGUGUCUUUGAAAUUUCAUCGCUGUUUUUCGAUAUUAGCCUCUCUCCUAUAGACGGCAGCUGCUACGCUUUGUGAAAAAUUUCCGGGUCUUUGUCACAGCGAUUUUUUUUGUUUAAAUUGGAUAAUAUAAUUAAUUUAUAAAUCAAACGGUCUGCUUCAAAUUAGGAAGCUUUGGCACAUUCCAAGCUUUGUUUUGUGUCCAACUGAAAGUAAAAGUCAAUUUUGCCAAUUUUCAAGAAAGCGAGAAAAGUGAAAUUUCAUCAGCAUCAGCAGAGCCAUCUCAUCAUUGCCAAAAGUAAUACCAAGACUUACGUAUAAGGAGCAGGUUGUAAAUAAAACUGACAGAGGUGCUAGACGGAUGUGAGAAGAACGAAAAUAAUACGUGUUAUUAUUUCAACUCGAUGAGCAAUUAAUUAACCUUAAGGCCUACCGCGCGUGAGGAUGUUUGGAGCAAAGUGACAGCCUAAUUGAUUCGAGUAUAUUUGCUCGUCGCGUGUGAUAUUUAUUUGUGGAGAUUAAAUUCGUUUAGUAAUUUAUCGUGUCGAAUUAAACAAAUUAAAUAGUGAUACCUCUCUCUGUCUGAAUAACUGUGUGUGUGAGUUGUGAAAUUAAAUUUUAAUUUUCUCGAGAAACACCGCGUUCAGUGCACCCCCCGACCGUCUCUAUGUUUUGAGGGUUAACUUGUGAUCUCAUUAGUUCAUCAUUUUGCCGAAUUUUUUACAAUGCACGCUUGGAAGUUGCGUGUACACUUAAUGUUAAUUAACAAGACGUAGCCCGUUAGUCGGACCACUGCCUCCUCUAAGCCGUUGCACGUUCAAUCGCAUAUUAUAUUAUAUUUUAUAUGUUUUCCUGCAUUUGAUUGUGUAUUAAAUCGAAAACCGUUGAGCGUCUUGUGCUUUGCUUGAUUUGCUCUCGAGGAAAGAAACGCACUCUCAAGUCAUGUCGGUUACUAUAUGAUAAUAAUAAUAAUAAUUAUGUAUUAUGUAUAAUGCACCAGUAUUUUCUUGAAUUAAUAUUACAACAAUAAGCCUUUGAAAAGAAUAAUCUAUGAAAUUACACAGUACACACCUGAGGAAUGAUAUAUUUAUGUGAAUGUAAAAUUAGGGAGACCAUUAUUUAAACAUCAAUAAAAGAUGCAAGUACCAGAAUAUAAAA